AUGACCCUGUGCGCCUCGGAGCUGGUCAGAAACAGUUUGAUAGAUGAUGCUAAGGCCCGCUUAAAAAAGCAUGAUGUUGGGACCAAAUAUUCUCACUUGUCGUCUAACAAAUAUUCUGUCCUUUUACCAUUGUUGGCAAAAGAAGGAAAACUCCACCUGUUGUUCACCCUCCGGUCAGAGAAGAGUGAUACAUUGAUAACCCCAGUUGUAGGAUUUAUAGACCACAACUUCCAGGCCCAGCCUAAUCCCGAUGAAGUUAAAAGUGUGUUCCUGGUGCCUCUGGAAUAUUUCCUACAUCCACAUGUCUACCACCAGCGUUACCUGACACAUUAUGGUCAUCAUGUUAUUAUUCAUUGCUUUGAGUACACAGACCCUGGAGAUGGUGUCACUUACCAAAUCAAGGGAAUAACUGCAAAACUUGCCCUGUUGCUUGCCUUAAUUAUUUUUGGGGAAAAUCCCAUCUUUGAAAUGGAGUUUAAUGUCAAUGAUCUGAUUUCAUACUCUGAAGAGAUCUUCCUGAAACUAAAUAAGUAUGCUACAAGCAAGAUAUGA